CCUGUACUGAUGAUUGAGAACUCUGUUGCAGAGUCAGCUAUUAGUCUUAGUCAGCACGAUCCAUCAAUAUCGAUACAUAGUGCUACGACAUUCAUUCCUCCUCCUCCAACAGCCAGAUCAGUAUCCAUGAGAGAUAUGGGCACAGAAAUGACUCCUAUUGCUAGCCAAGAACCUUCGAGGACAGGAACUCCUGUGCAGUCAACAACACCAAUUCGGAGCCCAAAUUUAUCCAGGCCAUCAACUCCCAGCAGAGCUGUGCUGCCUGCAUCCCCCGAAAAUUCAGGUAAAGACCCCUUAGGUCUGAACAUGGAGUUGUCAGAGAAGGAGCUCCAAAUGAAAACAAGGAGAGAAAUUAUGGUUCUUGGGGCUCAGUUAGGUAAAACAAACAUAGCUGCAUGGGCUAGCAAGGAGGAGGAUAAGGAUGCAUCCACCUUACUGAAAACUCUUGCACCAGAACAACCAUCUAUUAGUGUCGUUGAAACCCGUGCAGCAGCAUGGGAGGAGGCAGAGAAAGCCAAGUAUAUGGCCAGGUUCAAACGUGAAGAAAUGAAAAUUCAAGCAUGGGAGAACCAUCAAAAAGCAAAAACUGAAGCUGAGAUGAGGAAGAUAGAUGUUGAGGUUGAAACGAUGAGGGGGCGUGCUCAUGAUAAGCUCAUGAAUAAACUAGCCGCUGCACGACACAAGGCAGAAGAGAAGCGGGCAGCAGCAGAAGCCAAACGAAACCGACAAGCUGGAGAAACGGAGCAGCAAGCUGAUUAUAUUUGAAGAACCGGUCGGGUCCCUUAU